AUGGUCACGCAGGCUGUGGGUAGUGCCUUCACUAUGGCAAGCGAUGAGUUGGAUGCAAUAAAUAAAGCGAUUAACAAUCAAGACUUAGGCCAGAAUGGCGACAAAAUCCGCAAUGUGAUCAAGUGGAUGUUUAUGCCUGAUGGCCAAGAGCCGAAUGGACAACGACUCGGAAUACUGAGCAGGAAUCUGGGGAAUCUGAUCACGGCGAGGGCGCGUAAUGACAAUGCGGCUGAGGAUGGUUCAAAUGUGCAUUGGCUGACAGAGGACCAGAUUGUGGUGUACUGUAACCUUGACCGCUUCCAAAAAAGAGACGAUGGUGACUGGUACGACUCUGAUAUUGAUGAGGCUUUCUCGAAGAACGAUGCCUUUGGGACCUGCAAAGGCAUCGAACCUACCGUAGCCUAUACUUGGGUAUCUGAUAACACCAACAAGCCAUCGCAGGUUCAGCUCUGCCCAUGGUUCAUCAAUUGGAUGAAGAGAGUCGAAACCAAAAGCCUGCAGGAUGCAGAAACUAAAGGAUUAUUUUACCAGGCCGUCAGCAAAGGGUUGACGAAGCUACACGCAUUGCUGACACCCAUCGACGUGAUCUCGCUGUUAGAUAAAGUGAUUCUGCACGAGUUUACGCACACUCGCAUUGGGGGAGAGUCAUUCGAUGUUGAUGGGCCUAGUUUUCUAAACAUUCGAUACGGAUGGAAUAGGUGUCGGAAGUUGGCUCAGGAGGGAACCAAUGACCUGCGCCGGGAACCACAGGUCAAUGCAGAUUCCAUUGCGCUUUGUGGGUCAGACGAUGCUAACGGACUGGUAGCGAUCAGGUAUAUUAAGGAAGGGAAGAGUGUGUCAGAGAACGGGAAAGUAAAUUGA